AUGGGGCGGCAGGAACCUCUCCUAGCAUACAACACCACUCGGCCUUCGAGGACCAGGGGCUCAAACCGUUCAGUCAAGGGAGGACUGCUCUCUCAGAUUCACAACAAUUCUUAUCAUGAGACUCCUUCUUCACCAAAGUUGACACCUCGAAGGGCUAUUCUAGCCAUAUUCCUUGCCCUUCUGGGACUCAGCUUGUUGCAUCGGCCAGUUAGCAAUCGUUAUAAUGGCGUUCCUCGCUAUGGCAGUGGUCUCCGGACACCCGAAGAGCGAGCACGUCAUAUUCUCACUACCACCCCAUUGAUAGAUGGCCAUGUCGAUUUCCCAAUAGUAUUGCGGUUUGCGUAUGGCAAUCAGAUCUACGAUGAGAACUUUACUCAGCCUUUUGAGAAAGGUGAACUUCCUGGACAUGUGGAUUUGCAUCGUCUUCGCCAGGGACAGAGCGGUGGUGCUUUCUGGAGUCUGUUUGCCCCUUGCCCAUCGAACGGCUCUGACUUCUCCGAUGAGAACUAUGCUUCAAGCGUUCAGUUCACAUUGGAUCAGAUCGAUGUCAUGACUAGGCUGCAGGCGGCCUAUCCCAGUCAUUUCUCCGAAAAGGUCGACAGCUCUAAUGCAUUCGAGGUCUUCAAGCAGGGCAAAUUGAUAUCGCCCUUCGGUAUCGAGGGAUUGCACCAGAUUGGCAACAAAGCAGCCAACCUUCGCAAAUUCCAUGAGCUCGGCGUUCGCUAUGCUACCCUGACUCACAACUGCCAUAACAAGUUCGCCGAUGCUGCUGUAUUAGAAAACCCAACUCGCAAGGCCGAACCUCUGUGGGGAGGGGUCAGUCCUCUGGGUCGCAAGCUCGUUCGUGAGAUGAACCGCAUUGGUAUGAUUGUUGAUAUCUCUCACGUCAGUGAGGAUACUAUGCUCGACGUUCUGGGUGGUGGAGAAGACUGGACUGGCUCUGAAGCCCCUGUCAUCUUCUCUCAUAGCUCAGCCUACAGUGUCUGCCCUCAUCCACGAAACGUCAAGGACAAUGUUCUGCAGCUCGUCAAGCAGCGCAACUCUAUUGUCAUGGUUAACAUCGCCCCUGAUUUCAUUUCUUGCGUUGAUGCUGGGAAUGAAAACGGUAUGCCUGAUUUCUACCCACAGAACUCUACUCUUGCACAUGCAGCUCAGCAUAUCAUCUACAUUGGCAACCUAAUUGGCUACGACCAUGUUGGUAUCGGCACCGACUUUGACGGCAUUCCAACAGUGCCCAAGGGACUCGAAGACGUUACAAAGUAUCCGGAUUUGAUCGCCGAGUUGCUUCGACAGGGCGUGAGCAAUGUUGACGCAGCCAAGGUUGUUGGUGGUAACCUGCUCCGAGUAUGGAAAGAUGUAGACACUGUUGCAGCUCGACUACAGAACAAGGGGCAGCUGCCACUGGAGGAUGACCUGCCCAAGAUGAAGUUCGAUGAGGCGAGAGAGGCUUCCUCAAAGGAUACGUAG